AUGGCGCUCAUCGGGAAGCCGUGCCCCACACUCAGCGGGCUGACCUUCAUCAAGGGCGACCCUGUGGCGGUGCCCUCCAGGUCGGGGCCCAUGGUGGUUGAGUUCUGGGCGACGUGGUGCGGCCCCUGCCGCGCCGCCUUCCCUCACCUGUCCCAGCUGGCGCGCAAGUUCCGCGGCAGCGGGCUGGUGGUGGUGGGCGUCAACAUGGAGGAGGACAGCCCCCAGAUACGGGCGUUUGGAGACAAGAUGGACUACCGGGUGGCGGUGGAUGCCACCGGGCAGGCGGCGCAGGCGCUCAUGGGCGCCGCGCAAGUCGCCGGCAUCCCGCACGGCUUCAUCAUAGAUGCCGGCGGCGUAGUGCGGCACCACGGGCACCCCAUGGAGCCCAAGUUUGCGCAGGUGCUGGAGAGCGUGUGCAGGGAACCUGCGGCCAGCGGCGGCGCGGCGGCAGCGGCGCCGGCACCGCCCCAGCAGCAGCGCGAGCUGCCGCCCAUCACCAGCAGCCGGCAGGAGCUGCUGGCGCUGCCGGUGCGGCAGCUGAAGCAGGUGCUGGAGGAGCGAGGCAUCGGCUUUGCAGACUGCAACGAAAAGCAGGAGCUGGUGGAUAGGAUCGUGGAGCGCUGCAGCACGGUCACGUACUACACCAGCAAGUGA